AUGGCCACUGUUCAGCUCCCUCGCUCUAUCAGAAUUCACAGGACAUCUAAGAAAACAGUUUUCCCAUCUCAAAUCGCUAGUGAGCAUGAGUCACUGAUAAUGGUGAAGAAACUUUUUGCUACUUCUAUCUCAUGUAUAACGUAUCUACGGGGCCUGUUUCCAGAGAGCUCUUACGGAGAACGCCAUUUGGAUGACCUCAGUUUAAAAAUCCUGCGAGAAGAUAAAAAAUGUCCUGGGUCACUGCAUAUUAUCAAGUGGAUUCAAGGUUGUUUUGAUGCCUUGGAAAAGAGAUACCUACACAUGGCAGUACUUACACUUUACACAAAUCCUAAGGAGCCUGAGAAAGUGACUGAGAUAUACCAGUUCAAAUUCAAAUACACAAAAGAAGGAGCCACUAUGGAUUUUGACAGCAGUAACAUGAGCUUCGAAAGUGUGACAAACAGUGAAGAUAUUAAGAAAGCCAGUGUUCUGAUGAUCCGUAAACUGUACAUACUGAUGCAGAACCUUGGACCCCUUCCUAACGAUGUUAUACUGACUAUGACACUCCACUACUACAAUGCAGUGACCCCAAAUGAUUACCAGCCCCCUGGUUUUAAAGAAGGAGUAAACUCACACUUCCUGCUGUUUGAAGGGGAGCCUGUAAACCUGCAAGUGGGAAUGGUCUCCACUGGCUUUCAUAGCAUGAAAGUAAAAGUCACAACCGAAGCCGCCAGAGUGUCUGAUCUGGAGAACAAUCCCUUCCAGGAGAGCGACACGACCGAGAUAGCCCAUCAGGGCCUCGACUGCGAUGAGGAGGAGGAGGAGUGCAGCAGUGACAUUCAAAGAAUGAAUUUCAUGUGCAGUCAGCAAAGUUCUGAGAGAUCCAGAAAGAAGAGGAAGGUCAGCGAACCAGUGAAAGUCUUCAUCCCUGACAGAAAGUGA